GAUUAACUUGCACGGCCAAAACUAAUUAUAAUCUCGGAUCAACUCAGCAGCUCUCCUCUCACUACUAUACUAUAGUAUACUUAUCAAAUUGACUGAAAGACGCAGUUCACGCAUUGCUAUGCAUGUUCUGCAGGUCGAAGAUCCAGACUUGCCCCUAGACGUCUGUCCGCUAGUCUACCCGGCAAAGCCUUAAUGGCUCAUUCAUGACUGGCCGUUUUGAAUCCGAGGUCCAAUCAGUAACACCGUGCUCGCUCGCCAUGAUGCCCCUCAUACUGUGUAUCACUGUAACAAGCACAUUGUCUGGCUGUGUUUAUGUGGGCUGGAGCUGGGAUGAUGUCACUCUCCGGUCACACAUCAAUCAGUCAGCUUCCGCUCUAUUAUCCAUCACAAUUGAGAACCAUCCCGCGGUUUUGCAAAUGCUUCCAUUGGCAACUGGCACGAAACCGGAAACCAACACGAUUCGGUGCUCCUAUACACGAGCGAGAUCUUGGUAAGUGACGCAGUGGCUAGCGCUGGAAUACGGAGGGGCCAGCAUCCGUCCAUGAACCGCCAACCACUUGAUGGAGGCAUAUCAAAAA